AUGGGCGCACUUACAUUUCUUAUGGCUAAGAAUACGAAUGAUACUCGUUUCCGAAAAGUUGAUGUCGAUCAGUUUACUGAGUCGGCAUUUCAAGAUGACCAGACGGAUGAAAAUUCUAUUCCCGCUAUUGCUGAAUCGCAUAUCAAUAGCCUUCUAGCUAAUAAUCGUAAUAACGAUGCUCUUUUAUUUGUUCUUCAAAAUGCUCCAAUAAACUCAAAGGAUAAAGCAGUUAAAGACGCAGCUGCUAGGAUAAUGAUGAAAAUACUGUCCUCAUACAAGCUUACACAGAUCGACGAAGCAAUAGCUACCUUAAAUGAAGAACAAAUUGAUCUUUUGAUGAAGUAUAUAUAUAGGGGCUUUGAUUCACUCAAAGAUGCGAAUAGCCUUACUCUUUUAAACUGGCACGAAAAGGUAUUCCAACGCGGUAACCUUGGAUGUAUUAUCCGGGUUAUGACGGACCGCAAAAGACUAACUGGUUAUACUCGGUACCGUGAUUAUCACACCAAUGUUGUAACUACACUCGUUGUUGGAGUGGUGUAUGAGCUAAAGCAAGUCUUGGGUGACACGGUCUUUGAGGAAGCUAGGCUGUGCAAAUUUUAA